AUGGACUUUGUUGGAGAAAUAAUAGAGCACGAGAUCGAACCACCCGUGGAACCCGCUCCAGUGAAUGUUGGUGGUGGCUUCCCUGAUCCACGCAAGGUAAAGAAAGUUUCGCGAUGGAGGCAAAAGGGACCAGCAAAGGAAGUGGCUUCUAGUACGGAAACGCCACCAACUCAAAAUACGCCUGUGACAGAGUCACUUACUGAAGCGCAAAAGAUUGAUAAAGAAAACCGUGAAAGAAUGGCCAAGAUGUCAGAAAGUGAAAUAUUGCAAGAGAGACAAGAACUUUUGAACCAACUAGAUCCGAAAAUCGUGCUGGGUUUGUUGAGGAGGAAGAAUAGGAAUACGGAUGGCGAGCAUGUGGAGAGGAAACCCAUGUCUAACCACAGCCAUGAUCGCCAUCAUGAUCACCAUCAUGAUCACCAUGAACAUGCAGAGGGUUAUAAUGGUUGGAUUGGUGGCUUUAAAUCGCCAAAAGGAAUAACAGACUUGUCCCAGUUGGAAAAGGAGGAGGUGGACAAGAUAAUGGGAAUAGAUUCGAAUCGUAAGGUCCGAUUUGCAGACGAUAAAGUUGAAAAGAUAGAGUAUAUUGAACGUGACCAUGAUGGAAGUGACCACAACAAUGUGCAAGUCGGGCCAGAUUUAGAUGCGGUUGCUCCUGAAGGGUACCAAUUGAAUCUGGAUGAAGAUGAAAACACGCCUGACGGCAGCAAUUCUUCGGUACAUUUCACAAAGCCGACGCCAAGUCAAGAUGGGUUGGACCUAAAUGACCCUGAGUUCUUUGACAAGUUACAUGAAAAGUAUUUCCCAGAUUUACCCAAGGAAACCGAGAAAUUAUCGUGGAUGACAACCCCCAUGCCCAAACAAGUUUCCACCACCUAUGAAAGUAUAUCAGACAUGAGGUUUGAUUUCAACGGGAACUUGGUUCAGAUUGAUAUAGAUGAAGAGAAGGAUGACUCAAGGGGAAUACCAACGUACCUCGGUCUACAUCAUCAUUCCGAUAAUCCUCACAUGGCAGGCUACACAUUGAGUGAGUUGGUACAUUUAUCGCGAUCAGUAGUACCUGGUCAACGUUGUAUUAGUAUACAAACCUUGGGAAGAAUAUUACACAAGUUGGGGAAACAUGAAUUGGGAAUCAUACCUGUUUUGGAAACUGAAACCAAUCUGGAUGUGAAAGAAAUGGUUGAAAUGUUUGAGAAGAUGAUGUGGGACUUGAUUGAAGAGUUGCGGAUUGUUGAAAGUAUUACAGAAGCUGCUGAUGAAAAAUAUACCAAGAACUUGUCGGUGCGUAAUUAUGCUAUUGAAGCGUUGUAUCUUAUCAAAACAGCAAAGUAG